CGAUUUACAGGACUUUAAAUUGACCAUCAACGUCAACAAAAGAAACUGCCAAGUUGAAGAACCUUUAAACCUCGAUUAUUCCGAUAUCAUUUUUCUAUCAAUUGUGGUAGUGAUAGUAUUAAUUGUGCUGGGAUGUAGCUGUUAUGAACUUCUUUUAAAGUUAGAGGAAUUCAAAAAUUGGCGAUUAUCUGAAUCAAAACAUCAACUUGUGAUGUCGUUCUCUUUGAUUCGCAAUAUUAAAAAAAUAUUUUCAUAUAAAAAACAACAAGAUAAGUUAGAAUGCAUUCAUGGUCUAAAAGUGUAUUCCAUGGCUCUUAUAAUUAUGGGACAUAGAAUUAUGUUUUUUAUUGGAGUACCUUCUAUUAACACAAACUAUGCAGAAAGUUUUUAUAAUAACGUGGAAACGAUGGUUCUCCUCAAUGGACCUAUCAUAGUUGAUACGUUCUUUAGUAUUUCUGGAUUUUUAGCGGCUUAUCUUAUACUCCAAAAACGGGAUGAAAAAAGCAAAAAUUCAAAUUUUAUUUUUCUUUACAUUCACCGUUUGAUACGGUUAACUCCAGUUUACGCCUUAAUAGUGGCCUUUUACUGUACAAUAUUCGUUAAGUUGGGGAAUGGUCCUCUUUGGGAAGAGAGGAUCGGUGUAGAACAAGAACGAUGCAUUUCCAGUUGGUGGGCCAACUUAUUGUAUUUAAAUAAUUACAUAAACACCGAUAAAAUUUGCAUGUUCCAAUCUUGGUAUAUUACAUGCGACAUGCAUCUGUUUCUUCUUACUCCAUUUAUUGUAUGGGUUUUGAGGAAAAGCACAAAAAUUGGUUUUGUUCUACUGGGUUGCUUAAUAUCUAUGUCGAUAUUAAGUACCUUCCUUACAACCUUUUUUGGAAAACUGGACGGAAUUUUACUACUUUAUAUCAACACUUUGAAGGAUCCUACAGUAGAUCAGACGUUUAAAAAUAUAUACAUCCCUACUCACACGAGAGCUAGCCCGUACCUGGUGGGUAUAGGAACAGGUUACUUACUUCACAGGAUACAGAAGAGCGAUUACAAAUUAUCCAAAAGGGUAGUUUAUAUUGGAUGGUUUAUCUGUAUUCUUACCAUGGAAGCAAUAGUUUACUCGGCAUACAUAUUCUAUAUCCCUAGUAGACCUUACGACCCCCAUACUGCUGCUGUUUAUUCUGCAUUCCAUCACUUUUUUUGGAGCAUCUGCAUCAGUUGGUUUAUUUUAGCUAUUUCAACAGGACACGGAACAUUAAUUGAUCCUCUUCUGUCAUGGAGGCCAUUGAAUUCAUUAAGUAAAAUUACUUAUACUGCCUUUUUGUGUCAUGGAGGAAUUCAGCUUUAUACAGCAGCUUCAUUGCGAACCCCCAUGACGUGUGGUGUUUUCAAUUUGAUUUGGUACAGCUUAGGAGACAUAGCUUUAACGUUCACAGGAGCUUUGGUUUUAACUACGUUUUUUGAAUCGCCAGUAAUAGGACUUGAAAAACUUCUUCUAGGUUCAAAUACCAAAAAAAGGGAGCCAUGGCAAAAGAAUGUUGAACUUAAAAUUGAUAGCAAAACUGCCAAUGAUGAUGUAACUCCCAUCAGUUUUAUUCACGUCAAUUCUGUUUAAUAUGUGCAAGGCUGUUCAACUUUAAUUAUUCAUUGGAAAAAAUCCAUUCAUCUAAUUUAUCAGUAGUAACAUUACUGGUUUAUUUUUAAUUUAUAAGAGUACUCAUAAUGAGUAUGUUGUAGUUUAAUUAUUUUAUAAAA